AUGACCUUAAAGAAAGAGGUGCCUUGUCCACCGUACUGUUUGGCAGUGCACACUUGGGGUCUCAUCCACAAAGAAUCGCCUCUGAAGCGCGGGUGCCACCUCUCCAAGGGCCGCUUGUACAGCAUUUGCCUUCUUGCCUUCCUGACUUCAUUCUUCCUAGCGCUGCACAUUGUGUUUCUCGGAUACCCCAGAACACCACUUGUCUGCCUCGAUUCCUAUCGGGGCAAUUCUUUCUCUGGAGAAGUUGUUAGCAAUGUCCACUGUCCCCUAAACAAUGCUAAUUUGUGUCUAGAUGAAGCGGUGGAGAGUUUGCGAGACCGGGUUCGAUUCCCUCGAACGAAGCGGCGUCUUCCUCAGUGCAUCAUCAUUGGCGUGCGAAAGUGUGGAACCCGAGCUCUCUUGGAAUUCCUCAAUUUGCAUCCAUCCAUUCAAAAAGCAUCGGACGAGGUGCACUUUUUCGACGAGGAUGACAAAUACAGCUUAGGCUUAGAAUGGUACCGCAGAAGAAUGCCUUAUUCUUUUCCAGAUCAAAUCACUAUCGAAAAAAGCCCUGCAUAUUUUAUCACUGAAUCAGCGCCAACACGCAUAAGAGCAAUGAACGAAAGUAUACGAUUGCUAUUAAUUGUUCGAGACCCUGUCACCAGACUGAUAUCCGAUUACGCCCAAUUGGCAGCCAACAAGGCUAGGAAAGACAAAGCCUUGGCUUCGUUCGAGGACCUGGUGCUGAACCCCAACGGUCAGGUGAACACAGGGUACAAAGCUGUCCGCAUCAGCAUGUACUCGAUCUUCUUCGAGAGGUGGCACCGCGUGUUCCCCAGACGACAAAUCCAUAUUGUCGAUGGGGAUGACCUCAUCCGAGAUCCUUUUCCUGAAGUCCAGAGGAUCGAAGAGUUCCUCGGCAUUGCGCACAGAAUUUCCAAAGAUAAUUUUUUUUACAAUAAAACGAAAGGAUUCUAUUGCGUGAGAAAUGAAACGACUGAGAAGUGUUUGAAUGAAAGCAAAGGUCGGAGGCACCCGGUGGUAUCUGACGAGGUCAUUCAUAAACUUCGGCAGUUCUACGCUCCAUACAAUAGGAUGUUUUUCAGGGCAGCUGGCAGAGAUUUUGGCUGGCCUGAGGAGUGA